AAGUUCGACAAGGCCAAGUGGCUGGGAACACUUACUGCAGAGCAAAAGGAGCUUCUCCAGCUCGAGAUUGAUACCCUCGAUGACAGCUGGCUGGCCCACCUCAAGGAUGACAUCACCACCAAGGAGUUCCUGGAGCUGAAGCGCUUCUUGAACCGCGAGACCGGUGCUGGCCGGAAAUGGUUCCCGCCCAAGGAGGACGUCUACUCAUGGUCCCGCCACACCAAGUUCAACAACGUCAAGGUUGUCAUCGUCGGCCAAGACCCCUAUCACAACAACAACCAGGCCCAUGGACUGGCCUUCUCCGUGCGACCUCCCACUCCCGCACCCCCCUCUCUCAAGAACAUGUACAUUGCUCUCAAGAAGGACUAUCCGUCUUUCGAGCCACCACCCAACAAGGGAGGACUCCUCACACCCUGGGCGGACCGUGGUGUGCUCAUGCUGAAUACCUGCCUCACUGUCCGGGCUCAUGAGGCCAAUUCGCAUGCCAACCGAGGCUGGGAACGCUUUACCCAAAAGGUCAUUGAUCUAGUUGUGCAGAAGAGAACGAGGGGUGUGGUGUUCAUGGCCUGGGGAACCCCGGCCGGCAAGCGAGUGCAGAAGGUCGACCGAGUGAAGCAUCUCGUGCUGCAGAGCGUGCAUCCUAGCCCUCUCAGCGCUUCUCGAGGAUUCUUCGACUGUGGGCACUUCAAGAAGGCCAACGAGUGGCUCGUAUCGCGAUACGGACCUGAUGGCGAGAUCGAUUGGGCAUUGGCACCAGGUGCCACGACCAAGGCCAAGGUCGAGGAGCCCGAAGCUGCCGAAGAGGAA